AAGCGUGAUAUACUUUUUAAUCUUGAUCAACCGGUUGAGGUUCCACUGGACGAGUUCAAUAGCAAGUGGUGGCCUCUGAUCUUAAACGUUUGGGUUCAGUUCAAUUAUAAAAUUCAUACAAAUAGAAACUCAUGA